AUGGUCCUCGUAGUGAGCGGCGGCAUGUUGGUGGAAGGCGCGGCACCGGGCGGCACGGCGGCGGGAGACGGUAUUACUGACGGUGCAGCGGCGGUGGUGAACGGUGAGGCCGGAGGCGAGGCGGCAGUGGUGAACGGUGUCGCGGCGGCGAACGGCGGUGCAGGCGGCGCGGUGGUGGUGAACAGUGGCGCGGCGGCGAGCGGCGUUGCAGGCGGCGCGGUGGUGGUGAACGGUGGCGCGGCGGCGAGCGGCGUUGCAGGCGGCGCGGUGGUGGUGAACGGUGGCGCGGCGGCGAGCGGCGUUGCAGGCGGCGCGGUGGUGGUGAACGGUGGCGCGGCGGCGAGCGGCGUUGCAGGCGGCGCGGUGGUGGUGAACGGUGGCGCGGCGGCGAGCGGCGUUGCAGGCGGCGCGGUGGUGGUGAACGGUGGCGCGGCGGCGAGCGGCGUUGCAGGCGGCGCGGUGGUGGUGAACGGUGGCGCGGCGGCGAGCGGCGUUGCAGGCGGCGCGGUGGUGGUGAACGGUGGCGCGGCGGCGAGCGGCGUUGCAGGCGGCGCGGUGGUGGUGAACGGUGGCGCGGCGGCGAGCGGCGUUGCAGGCGGCGCGGUGGUGGUGAACGGUGGCGCGGCGGCGAGCGGCGUUGCAGGCGGCGCGGUGGUGGUGAACGGUGGCGCGGCGGCGAGCGGCGUUGCAGGCGGCGCGGUGGUGGUGAACGGUGGCGCGGCGGCGAGCGGCGUUGCAGGCGGCGCGGUGGUGGUGAACGGUGGCGCGGCGGCGAGCGGCGUUGCAGGCGGCGCGGUGGUGGUGAACGGUGGCGCGGCGGCGAGCGGCGUUGCAGGCGGCGCGGUGGUGGUGAACGGUGGCGCGGCGGCGAGCGGCGUUGCAGGCGGCGCGGUGGUGGUGAACGGUGGCGCGGCGGCGAGCGGCGUUGCAGGCGGCGCGGUGGUGGUGAACGGUGGCGCGGCGGCGAGCGGCGUUGCAGGCGGCGCGGUGGUGGUGAACGGUGGCGCGGCGGCGAGCGGCGUUGCAGGCGGCGCGGUGGUGGUGAACGGUGGCGCGGCGGCGAGCGGCGUUGCAGGCGGCGCGGUGGUGGUGAACGGUGGCGCGGCGGCGAGCGGCGUUGCAGGCGGCGCGGUGGUGGUGAACGGUGGCGCGGCGGCGAGCGGCGUUGCAGGCGGCGCGGUGGUGGUGAACGGUGGCGCGGCGGCGAGCGGCGUUGCAGGCGGCGCGGUGGUGGUGAACGGUGGCGCGGCGGCGAGCGGCGUUGCAGGCGGCGCGGUGGUGGUGAACGGUGGCGCGGCGGCGAGCGGCGUUGCAGGCGGCGCGGUGGUGGUGAACGGUGGCGCGGCGGCGAGCGGCGUUGCAGGCGGCGCGGUGGUGGUGAACGGUGGCGCGGCGGCGAGCGGCGUUGCAGGCGGCGCGGUGGUGGUGAACGGUGGCGCGGCGGCGAGCGGCGUUGCAGGCGGCGCGGUGGUGGUGAACGGUGGCGCGGCGGCGAGCGGCGUUGCAGGCGGCGCGGUGGUGGUGAACGGUGGCGCGGCGGCGAGCGGCGUUGCAGGCGGCGCGGUGGUGGUGAACGGUGGCGCGGCGGCGAGCGGCGUUGCAGGCGGCGCGGUGGUGGUGAACGGUGGCGCGGCGGCGAGCGGCGUUGCAGGCGGCGCGGUGGUGGUGAACGGUGGCGCGGCGGCGAGCGGCGUUGCAGGCGGCGCGGUGGUGGUGAACGGUGGCGCGGCGGCGAGCGGCGUUGCAGGCGGCGCGGUGGUGGUGAACGGUGGCGCGGCGGCGAGCGGCGUUGCAGGCGGCGCGGUGGUGGUGAACGGUGGCGCGGCGGCGAGCGGCGUUGCAGGCGGCGCGGUGGUGGUGAACGGUGGCGCGGCGGCGAGCGGCGUUGCAGGCGGCGCGGUGGUGGUGAACGGUGGCGCGGCGGCGAGCGGCGUUGCAGGCGGCGCGGUGGUGGUGAACGGUGGCGCGGCGGCGAGCGGCGUUGCAGGCGGCGCGGUGGUGGUGAACGGUGGCGCGGCGGCGAGCGGCGUUGCAGGCGGCGCGGUGGUGGUGAACGGUGGCGCGGCGGCGAGCGGCGUUGCAGGCGGCGCGGUGGUGGUGAACGGUGGCGCGGCGGCGAGCGGCGUUGCAGGCGGCGCGGUGGUGGUGAACGGUGGCGCGGCGGCGAGCGGCGUUGCAGGCGGCGCGGUGGUGGUGAACGGUGGCGCGGCGGCGAGCGGCGUUGCAGGCGGCGCGGUGGUGGUGAACGGUGGCGCGGCGGCGAGCGGCGUUGCAGGCGGCGCGGUGGUGGUGAACGGUGGCGCGGCGGCGAGCGGCGUUGCAGGCGGCGCGGUGGUGGUGAACGGUGGCGCGGCGGCGAGCGGCGUUGCAGGCGGCGCGGUGGUGGUGAACGGUGGCGCGGCGGCGAGCGGCGUUGCAGGCGGCGCGGUGGUGGUGAACGGUGGCGCGGCGGCGAGCGGCGUUGCAGGCGGCGCGGUGGUGGUGAACGGUGGCGCGGCGGCGAGCGGCGUUGCAGGCGGCGCGGUGGUGGUGAACGGUGGCGCGGCGGCGAGCGGCGUUGCAGGCGGCGCGGUGGUGGUGAACGGUGGCGCGGCGGCGAGCGGCGUUGCAGGCGGCGCGGUGGUGGUGAACGGUGGCGCGGCGGCGAGCGGCGUUGCAGGCGGCGCGGUGGUGGUGAACGGUGGCGCGGCGGCGAGCGGCGUUGCAGGCGGCGCGGUGGUGGUGAACGGUGGCGCGGCGGCGAGCGGCGUUGCAGGCGGCGCGGUGGUGGUGAACGGUGGCGCGGCGGCGAGCGGCGUUGCAGGCGGCGCGGUGGUGGUGAACGGUGGCGCGGCGGCGAGCGGCGUUGCAGGCGGCGCGGUGGUGGUGAACGGUGGCGCGGCGGCGAGCGGCGUUGCAGGCGGCGCGGUGGUGGUGAACGGUGGCGCGGCGGCGAGCGGCGUUGCAGGCGGCGCGGUGGUGGUGAACGGUGGCGCGGCGGCGAGCGGCGUUGCAGGCGGCGCGGUGGUGGUGAACGGUGGCGCGGCGGCGAGCGGCGUUGCAGGCGGCGCGGUGGUGGUGAACGGUGGCGCGGCGGCGAGCGGCGUUGCAGGCGGCGCGGUGGUGGUGAACGGUGGCGCGGCGGCGAGCGGCGUUGCAGGCGGCGCGGUGGUGGUGAACGGUGGCGCGGCGGCGAGCGGCGUUGCAGGCGGCGCGGUGGUGGUGAACGGUGGCGCGGCGGCGAGCGGCGUUGCAGGCGGCGCGGUGGUGGUGAACGGUGGCGCGGCGGCGAGCGGCGUUGCAGGCGGCGCGGUGGUGGUGAACGGUGGCGCGGCGGCGAGCGGCGUUGCAGGCGGCGCGGUGGUGGUGAACGGUGGCGCGGCGGCGAGCGGCGUUGCAGGCGGCGCGGUGGCCGGUGGCGGUGGUGUGGCUGCGGUAGACGGCGCCGCCGGCGAUGGUGGUGUGGAAGUUGCCGGCGGCGCCUGUGAGAGUAUGGCAGCGGGUGAAGUGGGAGGUCGGGCAUACGGUGAGGGGGGUAAGAGAGGCGGUGAAAUAUACUCAAUUAGAAACGGUGCGGCGGCGACAUUCGAAUCUCCCCCCUCGUCCGCCGGCGCCGGCAGCUCCAGCGGCGGGGUCAGCAACGGCGCGCGGUCGGAGACCCACACGACGUUGUUCGUCAUGCACACGCGCCCCGUCGCGAACUUGAGGACCUUGACCGCCGACUCGUGA